UCAUUGCCUUGUGCCUCAACAAAUGCGAAGAAAUCAACACCAGCUUACAAGUCAUGGUGGCACCAAGUUCAUGGAGGCUAUCUUGAGCGCCAUAUAGAGGAUUUACUUGCAUCAAAGCCCAAAGUGAUAUCUUCGAAAGACAAGGAGCUAGUUGUUGACGAGGGUGAUCCUGCAAGUGAAGAUGAUGAUGCGCUUCUCGCCAGAAUUCCUGGGAACAGCAAGAGAAAGAGUGGGUCCACCUCUUUAGUAGAAAGUAGCAAUCCCGAUCGACAUUGGAAGAGAACAAAGCGAACGACUGAUUCUUCGCAGCACGUGGAGAAAACAGUCGAAAAUCAACAUGAGACAGAGGACCUCAUUGCUAAGGCUCAACGGGACGUCUUUGGUUCUGACGAUGACGAAGAGUCUCAAGACGAUGAAGCGACUUCCGUAGCAAAUGUUCCAACGUGUGCGAAGAAACUUACUGCUCAACAAAAUCUUCAUACUCCAGCCGCUUCAGAGUUUAAAGGGGAGAAGUUCAUUCUUGACCGUCAAAAGAAGUAUCUUCAAGGCAUGUGGCACGACCUCCGUGACAAGGUCAUGGCGACUCCUAUCGAUUUCUUGUCUUCCAUAAAAGAAGAGGUGUCACUCGUUUUUGAUGCUAUGAGGCAAUGCGACAAGUGUGACCUUUCCACUAUUGAGAGCUCAUUUAAGGUUUUGUUUGACAACGCCGACUCUUAUGACGGAGUACGGUCUAAAUCUUCGGAGAAGGCGACGAAGGAACAUAUUGCUCGACAGUUGGCCGAGGCUAAAGAUCGUCUUUGUGAAGAUAAGGCGAAAGAAGAUACUGAAUCAAAUCAAGUGAAGUCCACUCAGGAUGAGCUAAAGCGAGUCACGGAAGAGCUUGAGCAGUUGAAGACAAAGGCAGAAACACUAUCCAAGACAUUGAAGCAGCAGCAGGAGUCACUCGACAGUGCCAAGGCCCAGGUGAAAUUAACUCAAGAGAAUAUCCUCGCCAUCAGCAGUGCUCCAUCGUUGGACGAAGAAGUGGUUGAACAGUUGAAGAUGUUGAAGUCAAAUUUGAAGGCGACUAAAGAGAAACUAGGAAGCUUGAAUCUUUUUGUU